AUGGCGUCGGCACUGUUCUUCCUCGACUUGAAGGGCAAGACCCUUCUGGCCCGCAACUACCGCGGGGACAUCCCUAUGUCCGCAGUCGAGAAAUUCCCCAUCCUCCUCAGUGAAGCCGAAGAAGAGAGCUCUGCAGUACCUCCCUGUUUCUCCCACGAGGGCAUCAACUACCUUUAUAUUCGCCACAGCAACCUUUACAUCCUCGCAUUGACCAAGAGAAACACAAAUGCCACUGAGAUUCUCCUUUUCCUCCACAAGCUUGUGGAGGUUUUCACCGAAUACUUCAAGGUUCUGGAGGAGGAGAGUAUCCGCGACAACUUCGUUGUCAUCUAUGAAUUGCUGGACGAGAUGAUGGACUUUGGAUACCCUCAGACAACAGAGACCAAGAUUUUGCAAGAAUAUAUCACCCAAGAAUCACACAAACUCGAGGUCCAAGCACGGCCACCGAUCGCCGUCACAAACGCUGUUUCUUGGCGUAGUGAAGGUAUUCGUUACCGCAAGAACGAAGUGUUCUUAGAUGUGGUGGAGUCGCUGAACCUGCUCGUGUCGGCGAACGGCAACGUCCUGCGAUCCGAGAUUUUGGGCGCCGUUAAGAUGAAGUGUUAUCUGAGUGGAAUGCCCGAGCUUCGACUGGGAUUGAACGAUAAGGCGAUGUUCGAGACUACAGGUCGCGCCACGCGGGGCAAGUCUGUCGAAAUGGAGGAUGUUAAGUUCCACCAGUGCGUGCGGUUGUCACGAUUCGAGAACGACCGAACAAUCAGUUUCAUUCCUCCCGAUGGCGAGUUCGAGCUGAUGAGCUACCGAUUGAAUACGCAAGUCAAGCCUCUGAUCUGGGUCGAGUGUUUGGUUGAAUCACACUCAGGCUCACGGAUUGAGUACAUGCUCAAGGCCAAAGCACAAUUCAAGCGCCGCAGCACAGCUAAUAACGUUGAGAUUCUCGUCCCCGUUCCCGAAGACGCCGACUCUCCCCGGUUCCGCACGAACAUCGGUACCGUGCACUACGCGCCCGAAAAGUCGGCCAUCAUCUGGAAGAUUAAACAAUUCGGUGGUGGCAAGGAGUUCCUCAUGCGGGCGGAGCUGGGUCUACCAUCCGUAAAGGGAGACGACGAGCACGGUGGUGGUAUGACAGGUGGAUUUGGCGGUAGCAUGGGCGGUGCUGGUGCCAUGGGCAAGGCGAAGCGGCCUAUCAACGUCAAGUUCGAGAUCCCCUACUUUACUACCAGUGGUAUUCAGGUGCGGUACUUGAAGAUUACUGAGCCCAAGUUGCAAUAUCCCUCUCUUCCCUGGGUGCGCUACAUCACACAAUCAGGCGAUAUCGCUGUUCGCAUGCCAGAUGUGCAAUAA